GUUGAUAUUUCAAGAAACAGCAUUGAAGUGAUGCCAGUGUUGCAUGGUGAAGACCAGCUGUGAUGUUCCAUAUUGUCUAGCAUGUCAAAAGUCGACAUAGAGAUGUUUCAGCUUUAACAAAUGUGACAGAAUGCCAAUUUUGGCUUUUCCUUUGGAGACACUACUGUAUGUGGGUGCAAAAUCUAUCCAAAAGUCAACAUAUGUUAAAUGAUGGAGGACAAUGGAGUGCCUAAUCUGUCAGGAUAUUUUGAUUUAUCCAGUCUUUGACCUUACUCUGAGAAGCUUCAUCAAGAUUAAAAUUUGGUAUUCUGUUUGGAAUGGUACAUAAAUAUUGUUUUAAUGUAGACUCUUGCUUUGCCUUGAUCCCUUGUAUUUAAGUGAUUGAACAUGUGUCAAAUGAGAAGAGUUUUUGCUUGCGAGCCCAGAAAAGUGAGGCUGUAUUUUCUACUGUUCUUAACCUUUAGCUUCUUUGUGGUGGAGGUGGUCAUCAGUCGUAUUACGUCCUCAUUGGCAGUGCUGUCUGACUCUUUCCACAUGCUGUCGGAUGUCUGUGCUCUUGUAGUGGCACUCGUGGCCCUGUCCUUUGCAGAGAAGACUCAGUACACCACUAAGAAUACCUUUGGCUGGAUUCGCGCUGAGGUGAUUGGUGCACUGGUUAAUUCAAUCUUUCUAACCGCCUUGUGCUUCACAAUCAUUCUUGAGGGAAUUGAACGUUUUGUGGAGCCACGGGAAAUCAAAAAUCGAAUUAUGUUGAUUGGAGUGGGUGUUGCUGGCCUGUUUGUAAGCCUUGUGGGCAUGAAAAUGUUGCACGAGCAUACCCAUGAACAAGUCUCCACCAAAAAGGAUAUGAGAACCAAGGGAGUAGAAUUAAGUAAGGAGGAUCAGCAGCGCAAGAGUGAUUCAUCAGCCACAGAGACUCAAAAUAUAGUGGGGAGCAACAUCUCGAAGAAGGCAAAAGUAGAGGAAACUGUCAUAAAUGAUAUGGCAAAAGAAGAUGUCCUUGGCCACAACCGUAUGGAUGUCCAGAUAAAUGUCACCAGUGCUCCCUCCAACGAGCUAGAGGAAUCAUCAUCGCAGCUGAACAUUAAGGGUGUCUUCCUCCAUCUCCUUGCGGAUGCCUUGAGCUCUUGCGUUGUUGUGGUAAACGCUCUUAUCUUCUAUUUCGUGUGGAACCCUUGUCCCGACGAUGAACCUUGUAUCAAUCCUUGCAUGAACAGCCCGUGCAGUGCCCAAGUCAAUCUCACUCACAUUGUGUCCACAGCUGGGCCCUGUUGGGUCCUCUACUUGGACCCAGGUCUCACUGUCAUCGUGGUGAGUAUCUUGCUCUACACUACGUCUCCUCUGCUGAUAGAGUCUGCACUCAUCUUGUUGCAGACGGUGCCAACGAAGAUAGACAUGCAGCAGAUAAAUGAAAAGCUGUGUACUUUGGAUGGGGUCUUGGCAGUUCAUGAACUUCACGUCUGGCAGCUCGCUGGAAGUCGCAUCAUUGCCACUGCUCACAUCAAAUGCCGUGAUCCCUCUUCCUACAUGAAUGUAGCAAAGCAAAUAAAAAAACUCUUCCAUGAUGCCGGCAUCCAUGCGACCACAAUCCAGCCUGAAUUUGCCAGCAUUAAUUCUGAGUCCAGCUUUAACCUUUGUGAGCUCUCCUGCCAGACCCCGUGUGCCCCCAAACUUUGCUGCAGCAAUGGAAAAAACAUGAGCGUGGGAAAAAAACAGCAUAGAGGACAGUGA